CGCCUGCGCAAACGCGCGCGCGCACGCGCGCGGAAGGUCAAGCCCUAGUGGCUCGGGGUCCUUCAGUCUCUAGCUCGCGCCUACGCAGGGCGCCGCUUUACCUGCCUUGCAAUUAGCUGUCACCAUGUUGCGAGUGGUGAGCUGGAACAUCAAUGGGAUCCGGAGUCACCUGCAAGGAGCAGGGUACGAAGAGCCUAGCAACUGUACUGCCAGGGCCGUGGGGCGCAUUUUGGACAAGCUGGAUGCUGACAUCGUCUGUCUUCAGGAGACCAAAGUGACCAGGGAUGUGCUGACAGAGCCCCUGGCUAUCAUUGAGGGCUAUAACUCCUAUUUUAGUUUCAGCCGCAACCGUAGUGGUUAUUCUGGUGUAGCCACCUUUUGUAAGGACAGUGCUACCCCAGUGGCUGCUGAAGAAGGCCUGAGUGGCCUACUUGCCACUCUGAAUGGGGACGUGAAUUGCUACGGAAACAUGGAUGAGUUCACCCAGGAAGAGCUUCGGGCUCUGGAUAGUGAGGGCCGGGCCCUCCUCACACAACACAAGAUCCGCACACAGGAUGGGGAUGAGAAGUCCUUGACUGUAAUCAACGUGUACUGCCCCCAUGCGGACCCUGGAAAGCCUGAGCGGCUCACCUUUAAGAUGCGCUUCUAUCACUUGCUGCAGAUCCGAGCAGAAGCCCUCCUGGCAGCUGGCAGCCAUGUUAUCAUUCUGGGUGACCUGAAUACAGCCCACCGCCCCAUUGACCACUGGGAUGCAGUCAACCUGGAAUGCUUUGAAGAGGACCCAGGGCGCAAGUGGAUGGAUGGCUUGCUCAGUAACCUGAGGUGCCAGGCUGGUUCCCAUAUGGGACCUUUCAUUGAUAGCUACCGCUACUUCCAGCCAAAGCAGAAAGGGGCCUUCACCUGCUGGUCGACAGUCACUGGUGCCCGCCAUCUGAACUAUGGCUCCCGGAUUGACUAUGUGCUGGGGGACAGGGCCCUGGUUAUGGAUACCUUUCAGUCCUCCUUUGUGCUGCCUGAGGUGAUGGGCUCUGACCAUUGCCCUGUGGGUGCAGUCUUGAACGUGUCCCCUGUGCCAGCAAAACAGUGUCCACCUUUAUGUACCCGCUUCCUCCCCGAGUUUGCAGGCACCCAGCUCAAGAUUCUUCGCUUCCUAGUUCGUCUUGAACAAGAUCCUGUGUUCAAGCAGUCUGCACUGCAGCUCAGGAAUCAAACACAGGUACAGUUGCGCCAAAAUAAAGCCCGUGUGCGAUCAACCAGGCCUCGGCCAAGUCAGACUGGCUCCAGUAGAGGCCAAAAAAAACUGAUGAGCUAUUUCCAGCCAUCCUCCAGCCGUCCUCAAACCACUUCUAACUUGGAUCUUCCUAGCCUUGGCACCCUCGUGACCCCAGAGACCUCAGAAGAGGAAGCGAUGGCCAGUGUGGUGGAGGGGCACACCAAGGUUUCAGAGGCCAAGGAUAAAAAGGAAGUACGGAGCUUGUUCUGGAAGUCUCUGCUGAGAGGGCCCUUACCCACACCCCUCUGUGGGGGCCACAGGGAGCCGUGUGUAAUGCGAACUGUGAAGAAGCCAGGACCCAACCUGGGCCGCCACUUCUACAUGUGUGCUAGGCCCCAGGGUCCUCCCACUGACCCUUCCUCCCGCUGCAACUUCUUCCUCUGGAGCAGGCCCAGUUGAACCAAGCCAGGAUAUCUGGCAUGGUCAACCUUGCACAUGAUCUGAGGCCAGCUUCAUCCUAAGCUGCCUCAUCAUCCCCCAAGGCCUCCUUCCCUUCCUCCUCCUCCUCCUCUUCCUUUUCUUCUUCCACCUUUCUCAAGGACCCAUCCCUUCCCUCUUUUUCUUCCUCCAAGGCCUCUCUUCCUCUCUGUUCUUCCUGCCUAGCUCCUCCUCACUAGUGAGCUUCUUGGGCCUUAAUGCUAUAACCCAUAUCCCCACCCUACUUCCCAUCUUCCUGUCAGAAGUACAUAGGAACCAGUUGCCUGGGGAAGUUGUGAUUUUUAAACCACUUUCUUACUUGUUGGGAAAUGUAGCUGUGCCUAAAUAAAGUCCACGUCUUUGUUGCUACUCACCAUA